CUUGUAGAAAAUUAAUUAUUGCCCACUUUCUCUCUCUGUCUCUUCUUUCUUGGAAGAGAUAUUGAUUCUUGGAAAAAAAAACAAAGUUUCAAAUACAGUAGCUUUUCUUUUUUAGUUCCAGCUUCAUUCCCUAAUUGCAUCUAAUUCUUCUACCCUAACCCUUUUCUUCUUUACUAUUCAACAAUUCCUUAGUCCACAUGAAGUUAGAGAAAAAAAUAUCCAAGCAAUAGCUACAAACACCCUUUAACCUUCUGAAGUUGUAACCCUAAAAUCCACCUUCAAGAAGAACCAUCGAGGUGUCAAUUCCUUGACCCUUUUUCAGUGAAUUUUAAAAUUUUCGGCGAUUAUGUCAAAUCCUUGGUGGACGAACCAAAGUGGUUUAGACGGCAUGGUUGACCACUCAACCUCCUCCAGCCAUCACCACCAAAGUCUUCUUACAAAAGGAGAUCUUGGUAUAGCUAUGAAUCCCAGCCAAGAAAACGACCACGACGACGAAGACGACCCUAGAGAAGGAGCGGUGGAAGUGGUCAACCGUAGACCAAGAGGCAGACCACCAGGAUCAAAAAACAAACCCAAAGCUCCAGUCUUUGUGACAAGAGAUAGCCCGAACGCACUCCAUAGCCAUGUCAUGGAGAUCUCCGACGGCAGCGACGUUGCCGACACAAUCGCUCACUUCUCAAGACGCAGGCAACGCGGCGUUUGCGUUUUAAGCGGAACAGGCUCAGUAGCUAACGUCACCCUCCGUCAAGCCGCCGCACCAGGAGGGGUCGUCUCACUCCAGGGAAGGUUCGAGAUCUUAUCUUUAACCGGUGCUUUUCUACCUGGACCUGCCCCACCCGGAUCAACUGGUUUAACGGUUUACUUAGCCGGGGUUCAAGGGCAGGUUCUUGGAGGUAGCGUUGUGGGCCCUCUUGUGGCCAUAGGGUCAGUGAUGGUUAUUGCUGCCACGUUCUCUAACGCUACUUAUGAGAGGUUGCCUAUUGAAGAUGAGGAAGACGGUGGCGGCUCAAGACACAUUCAUGGAGGCGGAGACUCGCCGCCCGGAAUCGGGUGUAGCCUGCGUGAUCCGUUGGGGACGGCUGGACCGGGCUAUAAUUUACCACCGCAUCUGAUUCCAAAUGGAGCUGGUCAGUUAGGGCACGGACCUUAUAAUUGGGGUCAUGCACGACCACCAUACUGACUCUGUGAGCCAUUUCUAUAUUCUAUACAAAAAAUAAAUAUAGAGAUGGAUACAAGUGAUUUGAGGUGUCUCGUGGUCUUUGUAUUCGAAACAUUGUUGUUAAAAUAAAUAACAAAGCUUGAUCUUAUUGGAAACUUAAGGCCUGGAAGAUAAAACCGGGACGAAUGGACUAUAGGAUUUCAAUGAAUAAACAAUGUACUCAAAUUAGAAUAUUUCUCAUUUUUAUUUUGUUUCGGAGUAUUCAACGAGAACAUUUUGUAUGUGUUUGCUGCCUUUUGUGAACUUUAGAUACUUUACA